ACACGCGCUGCCGGGGACCAAAGGGCCGGGCUGGCGCCGCCGGGCUCGCGGGGAGCCCCGUCCCCGUGCACGCUGGGCCCUCGGGGGGACGUCGAGCGGUGCCCGGCCUGCCGCCAGCUCCGGGGCGGCCACCCCGCAGCGCGCCGGGGUGGUCCCCGGCACCGCCUGCCGCAACGCCCUGCUCCCAAAAGCACCGGCUGCCGGGGCCGGGACGUGCCUGGGCAGCACCUCUGUGCACCGCCCGGCCCCGCCGCCCCGGCACGCUCGCCUCCCGCCCCGGCACGCUCGCCUCCCGCGCGGCCUCUCCUGGCCGUGCCCUGCGCGGAUCCACCUCCAGCCGGGACGUGGCGGGAGGUCGGCGCAGCCCUCCCGGCGAAGCCGCUUGUUUUCCCAGCGCCUCACUCCGCUCUUUUCCCUUCGCCGGCUCCUCGUCCACCGCAGGUCUGUCCUGGGACCCGCCGCGCGGUGCGAGGAGCCAGCGCCUUGCACGUCCCCUCCGCCCCGCGCCGGCGCUGCCCCGCUCUCGGCUUGCUCAGCCCGCGACUCGCAGCCUCUCCUAGGGCCGCCGCCGCUCGUUACGGCUUAUUUUGCGCAGGUAUUCAGGCGAUUUGGGGGUUAUUGCACAGGGUCAGUGCCAAGCACCCAGCGCGGGGUCCCGGGGGGGCCGGGAGCGGGGCGGCGGUGAGCACCGGGCUGCUCCGGGUGCAGGGACCCCCAUCCCGGCCCACGGGAAAGCAGCAUUGGCGGUGGACAUGCCGCCUUCGUGGCGCCCCGGGCCGGCGUCGCGGCUGCGGGAGGGACCCUGAGCCGUUCCUGCCGACACGUUCGCGGCUGCGAGCCACGGAGGGGAGCGGAGGUGACGGUGGGGACUGCUCAGGAAGGGAGCAAACGUCCCCAAAGGUCCCACCGCAGCCGAGCGGUGCCGGGGGGGGCCCUGCAUCCCUGGGGGCCCGGCGGCUCCGGAGAGGGGCCCGGCCGCCGCUGCCGCAUGCGCUGCCCCGGAGGCGUUCUCGCCCAGCGCUGACUCAGAGGGAGCAGCGCGCCGCGCGGUUUCGGCAGACCGGCUCCGGCACGCGGGAACGGGGCCGUGCCGCGGGUGGGAAGGCCGGGACGGUGCUCACGGAGACGGUGGCUCCGGGCACGGGCGCAGCCCCCCGGCCCAGCGCCGGAGAAGCCGCUCGGGGGGCAGCGCGGCGGCCGGCGAGCUCCCACGUCCCGCGGCAGAGCCAGCCGCCGGCGCUUGACCCCGGGGCGGACGAGGCCCGCAGCAUCGCCGCCCGACCCGCGCCGCGGGAGCCGGGGCCAGCGCGCCGCCCGGGCGCCGCGACCCUGGAUGGGCGCCGCGGGCCGGGGGGCGGCGGGCGGCGCGGGGCGGCGCGCCCGGCCGGGACCGUGGCCGCGGGGCCGGCGGCGGCGGCGGCGGCGGGCGGCGUGCCGGCACCCUUGGCCUCGGCCAUGCCCUUCCGCAUCCUCAACAAGGGCCCCGAGUACUUCCGACGGCCAGCGGAGCCCGGCGCCAGGAGGCCCAGCGCGGUGGAGAGGCUGGAGGCCGACAAGGCCAAGUACGUGAAGAGCCAGCGGGUCGCCAGCACCCGGCAGGAGCCGGUGAAGCCGCCGCUGCUCAAGCAGCCGCUCUUCGCGCCGGGGGUGCGCCGGGCCCUGCUGAGCCCCGGGCGCAAGGCGCCGCACCGCGGGGAGCCCGGCGGCCCCAAGACCUCCCUGGACCUGGAGAUCCUCAACAACCUCAUCAACGUCUGCGACAGCCCCUUGCGGGCGGCGGAGGGGCCGGAGGCGGCGGGGGCGGGCGGGCACGCCGCGGCCCCCCGGCCCCCCGGCCCCGCCGCCGGCAAGGCGCCGGAGAGCUCCGCCGGCUGCAAGCCGCCCGGCGCGGUGGCCGUGCGCCGGGUGGACGUGCGGCCCUGCGGGGCUCCGCGGGCCGGGGCUCCCCCCGCGGUGCCGCCGUCGCCCGGCCCCGACGGCGCCCGCCGCCAGACCCCGCUGCCCCGCUCCAAGUCGGACCUGAGCGACCGCUACUCGCGGGCCACCGCCGACCUGGAGCGCUUCUUCAACUACUGCGGCCUCGACGCCGAGGAGGUGCGGGACCUGGGCGCCGAGCGCUUCGCCCGCGCCGCCUCCGACAUCGUCUCCGCCAAGCCGCAGAGCGGCAGCACCGCCAGCUCGGGGGGCGGCCGCUCGCAGCGCAGCGCCGGCACCCGGGGCGAGCGGCAGCCCGAGCGCCUGCCCUACGGCAUCUCCGUCGUCGAGCGCAACGCCCGCGUCAUCAAGUGGCUCUACGGGCUGCGGCAGGCCCGCGAGCCCCAGCAGGUCUCCAGCGUUUAGCGCCGGGGCGCGCGCGGGCCGCGGCUGCGGGACGGGCAGGAGGCGGUGGCCGAGCCCCCCGGGCGGUGCGGGCUGUGCCCCCCGGACGCCGUGGCUGUUGCGGGACCCUCGGAUUUAGCCCCGGUGCCUCCUGCCCUCUGCUUCCCCCUCCCCGCGCUGCGGGGCGAGCAGCCGUGCACCGCCACGGCCGGGACCGUGCUGCCCGCCCUGAGACGCCGAGCACCUGCCCGGCAGCUCCCCAGGAUGCCCCGCAGCGCCGUCCGCCUCCUGCCAACUUUCCGGUGGAGUUUGCAAGGGCAAAAGGCAGCAGAAGGCAGAAGGCAGUGGAGGCAGCCACCCGGGAGAGGAGGCAGCGCUCCUGCCCGUCCCGGCCCCCGUGCAGCUGUGGCUCCCUGCCGCGGGGAGCUCGGAUGCUCCGCCGGGGGGGCCGGAUCGAGCUCCCCUCGGGCGACCCGUCUGUCCCCCUAUUUGUAGCUCUCUUUUUGUAUGUUGACGAGCAGAAAAGCCCCCAGGAUCGGGCCGUGCUGUGUCCUGUUAUUUAUGAAGAUGCUUAUGUUGGUCUCUUCCUCGUUUCUACUGUUUUUGCCGAAGUUUGAGCUGUUAAAAAAACCAACAGAAAGGAAGAAUAACGGAGCUGGUUUUAUUAAAGUUCUGUGCUUUGGA